AUGGUUGUCGGAGUUGGAGGGGGUACUGGCGGGGGUGGAAGAUGGGAAGAGAAGCCGGGCACCACGGAGAUGCUGGCGGUUAAGGCCGGGGGGGUCGGAAAUGCGAGGAGCGAAGCAGAAGUUGGCGAGGUGGAAGAGAAGACAUGCUGGAGAGAAGAAGUGUCCAAACUUGUGGAAUCCAGCAAGGUCAUAGCGGACAUUCCGCCGUCGGUCAUGAUGCCAUCAGAUUUCCCUGCUUUGGACGGCGGCCGGCCCGCUAAGCGUUUGCGCGACGCAAUCGACUCGCGGAUUGCCGAGGAACAAUCCCGGCAACGCUCCGCCCAAACCUCCAUCUCUCGCUCCAACUCCGCCCGCCAGCCCUCGAAUCGCACCUCUUCCCCAUCCUCCCGGCGUCCUGGCGGCCGGCCGCGCCGCAACACCGGCACCCCGGUCCGCGGACCCGAUCCCAAUGAAUUUGAGCCCGAGUUCGCCAUCGGUGAUGAUGAUUCCUCCAGUAGGUCGGGUACGCCGCGGCCUGACGCAGCGGGAGGAGGAGGAGGUGGAGGAGGCUCCGAAGGCUCUCCCGAGGGGGCCAAUAAUGCAGCUGCUGGGGAGGGUCAAGCGCCAGAGGGAGCUGUGACAGAAAAGGAGGGUGCACCAGCCGCUGCGGAGGGCAGUAGCAACCAGUCGCCUUCGGACCUACCCCCGGAGGUCAGGGUGAAGCUGCGACGGUUGGCCAAGUUGGAACCGCGUUAUCAAGAACUACUGAAGGCCUACCGCAUGGCACAUUCGCGAGUCCUUUCCAUCGAGCCUUUCGAAGCCGCUCUCCGCGAGAAUACCCCCUUGACUUCCAUCGGCGAACCCAAAGCGCUGACCGAAUACUUGAACCAACUGUCGUUGAAGGGGGAUAUGGUGGUGGAGGAGCUGAAGCGGGUGACUACCGAGAGGGACGACUACAAGAAGAAGUUGGAAGAGGCUCAGAAGGCGACCAAAGCUGCAUUGGAGGAAGUUGCCCAACUCAAAAGUGAGAAGGAGUCGAUGGAGAAAGCUUCGAAAACUGAAGGGUCGGAUGCUAAGAUUGAGGGAGGGGCUACGAAGGACGAUGCUACGACCACCGCCAAACCGACGGAGAAGUCAGCCGAAUCCCAGGGCGAAAGCGAGGAGUUCUUCUCCUAUGAUAGCGAGAUCCCUCGUCUGGAGUCAGAGUUGAAAGAAAAGCAGGAGGAAAUCGAAUCACUGAAGGCCCAAACCGAGUCGCUGAAGCGCGAUCUUGCAGUGGCUCGCGAGUCAACUGAGGGCAUGGUACACAACCUCGAAUCAGCAACCAGGGAGCUCACGGAAUUGCGAGACUUCAAGGGCAAGCAGGACACAGAGCUUGAGAAGCUCAAGUAUUCCAAGCAGGGAGAGCUCGACGAUCUGAAGGCCAAGCUCGAGAAGUCGGAGGAAAUGGCAUCGAAGACCAGUGCGGAGAUCGAGAAAUUGAAGGCCGACUUGAAAGAAAGGACCGAGGAAAUCGACAAACUCCAGUCUCAGGCCUCGCCGUCGCCCGCUGCCGGUCAAAAUGCUGAUCUCACUGCGAAGUUGGAGAAAAUGGAACAGAUGAAGGAAGCCAACGAGAAACGCCUUGGUGUCCUCCAGGGAUUGGUUGACAGUCUCCGAUCUCAGCUGAAGGAAAGCGAGGAGGCAAUGUCGAACCUGAAAGCCGACGUUGAGCAGAAGAAGGAAGAUAACCUGCAACUACAAAAUGUCGUUGACUUCCUCGACACCAACUUGGAGGGCAACGCCACAUGGCAGCAGACUAAGGAACAAGUCAUCGGCGGCAAGCAAGCUAAUUUUGAUGACCUUCGUGAGAGCUUGGCUGUCAGCCCUAGCACCACCGAAACCCAGCAGGAGCCGACAGAGACUGCAAAGCCAACUGCGAACCCACCAAGCGCCGCGGGAGGUGGAAAGAAGAAGAAUAAGAAAAAGAAGAAGGGCGGUGCCGGCGGCGCUAAAGGCGGCGAGGAAGUCGGCAAAGCCACGGAGACUGCUGCGUCUGAGCGGGAUCCGUCGCCGAGCGCGGAACCUGCUUCUGCCCAAUUGACCGCGAAGGUGACUGAGCUGGAGGAGAACAUCGAAACACUGAAGAAGCAGCUGGACGAGAAGGAUGCGGCUAUUGACCGUCUUAGCUCGAAACUCAAGGGAGAGGAGGAUCUGAAGGAGGAAAUCGAAUCCCUCCGUGACGAUCUACUUCACAUUGGUCAGGAUCAUGUGGAGGCCAAGGACAAGGUGAAGGUGCUUACCACAGAGAAGCAAGCUCUGGAGGAGACCAUCUCUAAGCUAGAAAAGGAGUUGACGAACUUGCGCACGAAUGUCGCAUCUCAGGCGUCCCAGAGCGCUGAUUCGGAGAAAGCACACAACGACCUCAAGGAAGAGUAUGAGAACAUCAAGAUGAAGUUAACCACUCUCGAAACCGAGCUGUCAGCUGCCCAACAAUUGGCUACUACACGCUUCAAAGACAUCACGGAUCUACGCGAGACUCUUCAGAAACUCCAGCCAGAAGUGAAGAAGCUGCGUGCUGAAUCUUCGGAGCUCAAGUCCGUCAAGGAGUCACUCGCAAGCAAGACGGGCGAAUUGAGGACUCUGGAAGGCAAACACGAUGACCUGCGGGCCGAACUGAAGACCCUCAAAACCACCAUGUCUGACCGCGACAAGGAAGUGAAGACACUCAACCAUAAGAUCAAGCAGGAAAGCGACAGCAGACUUAAGGCCGAGGAGAAAUUGACUGUUGCUCAGUCUGAUUUGAGGUACUCAGAGAGCAAGAAGCAAGAAGCUUUGGAGGCCAAGGAAAAGCUGGCGUCGGACCUGUCCAAGGCUCAGGAGGAGCUGAAGACCGCCCGCGCCCGGCUCCGCGACGCCGAAAGUCAGGCUAGCCAACUCAACAAAGAUCUCCAGGGCUUGCGGGAGGAAAUACAACUUAAGACCGCCCAGCACGCCAGCGCCCAGAGUCUUAUGAACAGUAUGCGCGACCAAGCUGCCGAACUGGGCAUGCAGAUGAAGGAAGCUCGCGAACGUUGCGAGAGUCUUGAAGAAGAAUUGGCGGAUGCUCACCGGCUGCUGAGCGAACGCACUCGCGAAGGGGAAACCAUGCGGCGCCUGCUGAACGACAUCGAAAGUCGCGCCGAUGCCAAGGUGCGUGAUUUCAAAGAACGCAUGGAAGCCGCUAUCGAGGAGCGAGAUCGCGCUGAGGACGAGGCUAGUGCUCAAGGUCGACGCCGGGCGCGUGAGCUGGAAGACUUGAAGAGUAAGUUACGCGAAGCUGAACGAGCUCUGCGCAGCGCAGAGCAGGAUAAGGAGGAACUAGAGCAAACCCAGAAGGAUUGGAAGCGUAGACGGGAUCAGCUGGAGGCUGAAUCGGAGAAGACGACCCAGGAACUUGUUGAUUUGCGACAAGCGAUGACAGGUCUGCGCGAUUCUUUAGAUGAGAGUGAGAAGCAAGUUCGCGACCUCGAGAAGGAGAAAGCUGAGCUGCGCCGCUCCGUUGAGGAAACGAACUCACGCUUGGAGAAGCUGCGCAAAUCUAGCAAGCUGCUGCCGGAUGAAAGUCGCUUCGGCCAUACUUCACAGUCAUCGCGGUCCUCGAUCGAUUCCGGCUCUCGAAGAACGAUCGCUUCCCCAGUCGCGAAGGAACCUAGUCCGUCGACACGCAGCGGCACUCCCACCGGAGCUGGUGCAGGAUCCAUUGAUUACAUCUAUCUGAAGAAUGUCCUUCUCCAGUUCUUGGAGCAGAAGGAUAAGAAUUACCAGAAGCAGCUGAUCCCCGUUCUUGGUAUGCUGCUGCACUUUGACCGAACGGACGAGCAGAAGUGGAUGUCGGCCAUUACAUCCAAAUAAUUGCUCUGGUAGCCUUCAAGCACAUACUUGUUUGUAACCGUACAUAGUCUCCAAUAUCCCUACCCCGAACACAUGCA